UGUAAAUAUAUAAUUGAACUUUUUUUACUGGCCACACUGUGUCAUGAUUACCAAUUUGUUUCAACUUCAUGAGUAUGAUUUGUAUUUGCUACGAUGUCAGUUUUGGAAACUAUGUCCAACGUAAAAAACAUUCCGAAUAAGUUAACCAAGUGGGAUCUGUCAGAAGAUUCCGUGGCGCCGUUAACAGAUCUUCAAAGAGAAUGUUUAUUAAAUUUAGAAGAAGAAUUGUUCUCUGAUAAUACGUUUGAGGAUAAAACACUUGAUGACACUGCAUCCAGGACUGAAGAAAAUGAAAAACCAGUGCAUAUAGAACGAUAUCAAGAUCUAUUAGAAUAUUAUGCCACUUUAGAAAAGAAAUGUAUGGACAGGAAGGAUAUGAAGUAUAUAUUAUAUCUUAAUGAACUUGAAGCUAGAAGAUCUGAAUGUCAUGAACUUUGUCUUCAAAUAGAAGAAGCAUUAGAAGAUUUUACAAUGCUGUAUAAACAAUACUCUGAGGUUUCAGAUAAAACUACAUCUCUUUACGAUGCUAGUGAACAGCUGGAUUCUGAUCAAAGAAGAUUAAAUUCUAUUAUAGAGAACAUCACAGAAUAUGUAAAGUAUUUUAAAGAUGUGGACAUGAUGAUGGAAAAAUUAGAAGCACCUACAUUGUGUGUAAAUAGUGAAAUGUUCUUUAAUAUAUUAGAUAAAAUUGAUAGAAAUAUAGAUUUCUUGCAGAAUAACCCUUCGUUUAAAGAAAGUAAUACCUAUUUAAUUAAAUAUAAACAUUGCCAAUCUAAGGCAAUAUCUAUGAUGCAAAAUUAUAUUUUUAACUUAUUUAGCAAAACUACAGAGAGUAUUUUAAAUUUAAAAGACAGUGACAGUUCCCAAGAUAAUGCAGAUGCAGCAUUGGCUCUUUUUUAUGGAAGAUUUCAAACUAUUUUAUCAAAAGUAAAAUCAGUCAUAGAACAGAUUGAAUCAAGAUCAUACAAACGACAAGAGUAUGACAGUCUAUUAUCUGAGUGCCAUCAAUAUUAUUGGAGUCAAAGAGGAUUAGUGCUAGGCAGCAGUGUACAAAAGUCUCUAAUGUCAGUAAAGGAGAAGUAUAAUGGUGAUCACUGUAGUUUAGUUAGAAAUUCAUGUGCAUUAUUGCUACAUGCAUCAAUGGAUGAAUAUAAAUUAUUUUAUGAAUUCUUUUCGAAGCCAUCCAAUGGAUUAACUACAUAUUUGGAAAGCUUAUGUACUUCUUUAUACGAUACAUUAAGGCCAUUUAUCAUUCAUAUUAAUCACUUAGAAACAUUAGCAGAAAUUUGUUGCAUCUUAAGAAUUGAAAUGCUGGAUGAACAUGUGCAAAAUAAUUUUGAACCCUUAGAAGGAUUUGGAAAUAUUUGUCUACAACUAUUGCAUGAUGUACAAGAAAGACUUGUAUUUCGUGCACAUCUAUAUCUACAGUCUGAUGUAUUAAAUUACAAUCCAUCACCAGGUGAUUUGGCAUAUCCAGAUAAAUUAAAAAUGAUGGAAGAUAUAGCAGAAUCUCUAAGAGAAGAGACUAGACAAACAAAAAUGAAAAGGAUAUCUGUACCAUUUAAUGGAGAUAGUAGUACAGAAUCUGUUUCCAGAAAUCACAUUGAAAUAGAUUCUAUUUAUCAGAAAACACAUAUGGGUAAUUCACCUGCAGACCUACAUGGAAUGUGGUAUCCUACUGUACGAAGAACAUUAGUUUGUUUAUCAAGAUUAUAUCGUUGUGUAGACAGAUCUGUUUUUCAAUCUCUGAGCCAGGAAGCAAUAUCUUAUUGCGUACAAAGCAUUGAAAAUGCAAGACAAGAAAUUGAAAAUAGAGCAUCAUCUUUGGAUGCAGAACUCUUUCAAAUAAAGCAUUUGUUGAUACUAAGAGAACAGAUUGCACCAUUUCAAGUAGAUUUUACUAUAAAGGAAUAUAGUUUGGACUUUUCUAAAGUUAAGACAGCUGCAUUUGGUUUAUUAGAAAAAAGUUCAAGAUUUUUCACUUUGUCAAAUAAUGCAUUAUUGGAAUUUUUAUUAGAGGGUGCACCACAAAUGAAGGAACAAUUAAUAGAUUCAAGGAAACAUGUAGAUAAUAAACUAAAAUAUGCUUGUCACUGUCUUAUACAGCAUGCAACAUAUUUACUGAUACAUCCAAUUUUAAAGUUGCUAGAAAAAGAAAAAGCACAUGUUAACACUGGUAACACAGACACAUCUCAGGAGCAUGCUCUUGGGAGUGCACAAGAUGUUGCUGCAGUAAUCAGUGAAGUAUUACGGAUAAUUAAGUUUAAAUGUCCCGAAAUCCAACAGCUAAUGCAGUUAUAUCUUUCUAAUAAAGAAACUGAGUUUAUUCUAUUUAGACCAGUCAAAAAUAAUGUGUGUGCUGCAUUUACACAAAUAUAUCAACUACUAAGUAAAUAUUAUAGUUCAGAGGAACUUCAAUUAAUUGCUUGCCCAUUACCAGAACAAAUUUCCGUUAUGUUGAGUUCAUCUAGUCUUGUACACGGGAAAAGUACACAGACUACUACGAAAAAAACAUAACCAAAAGAAACUUUUUAUACUUAGAUACUGUCUGUCAAUAUUAUCUUUAAAUUAUAACGAAAUUAUUCAUUUUUGUUAAAUAUUUGUUUUCAUUUAAAUAAAUUUUAAUAUAUAAAAGUUGUUUUAUAUAUUCGAAUAAAUUAUGUAGAAUGUACAUAGAAGCAUCCGAAUGAAACUAUAAACUUACACGAAAUCGUCAUUCUUCAUUUAAAAAGUAAUAUAUCAUAGUCAAAUUCUUUGUAAUGUACUACAACAAAGUGCAAUUAUUGUAUUAAUAAUAUGUAA